AUGGCGUAUCGCACGCGCGUCGCGAUAUUGAUAGCGACAACUCUUCUCGCCUCCACAUUAUUACUUACAGCGGACGGAGCGGCUGGCGGAAAUACGAAUGGUGGCGGGUCGACGAAAAAUACAGGCUCCUCUACCUCUAGCGGGACCGCGUCUAGCGGGUCUAGUGGUUCUAGCGUGACCACUACAGGCACAUCUAGCAGCGGAACCACUAGCAGCGGAACCACUACUAGCGGGACCAAGAGUAGCGGGACCGCAUCUACCGGUUCUUCUAGCUCGAGCGGAACCACUACCACUGGUAACGGGAAUACUGCUAGUAACGGGAAUACUGCUAGUAACGGGAACACCCAGAACAACGGAAAUUCUGCUGCUGCGGGGAAUACUGCUGCUAGUGGAAACUCUGCCAGCAACGGAAACACCCAGAGCAACGGAAAUUCUGCGGCUGCGUCAACGUCUAAUUUUCUGUCUCUGCCGGUCAACGGGUGCUCUCAGUCAGCUUGCCAGAAUCCGUCACUGGGAUUCUACAAGGGCACGUUUCAGCAGACGUCGAAUGCGGCCGCCGUUCAGAACAUGAACUACGGCGAAUAUAUCUACGGCACGCGAAUCAGUUCCGACCUUGCCAAGUCGUCUACUGAUGCCAAGACCUUCCCCGACUGCUGCACGGACUGCGCCAACACCGCGGCCUGCCACUAUUUCCAGUUCUACGCGCCAGACUCCAUUUCUUCCGCCCCUGGCGGACAGAAGCAGUGCUUCCUGCUCUCCGAGGCGCCGGCUGGCCUGGCGAUUAGCGGGCCUCUCAGCUAG